CAUGACGCAUAUUAUAUUUGUAUUUAUUAGUGCGGGCCCAUGACGUUGGGCAGUCGGGGCUAUACAACAGUCCCGCCAACAUCAUGCUCGUCCCAAGGGUGCCGGUAUAUCGAGUUUUAACCAACAAUUUUUUCCCAUAAUUAAAAUUCGUUGUUUUGUAGUUUUUUAUGUAGUAGGCCUAAUGAAGCACGAUAAGAUUCUUUAAAAAGAAAUGUCACAGUUCGUGAUUUAGCCCACAGUCGGCGGCCAUAUUUGAUCCCCACCUCGCGUACUGCUCGUGGCGCCGCGAAGCGAGAGAGGAGGCUCCUUUAGUUGUAAACUCCUUGAGACAAUAUGAACUGCACUGUAUUGCAUAAUUUCGAAAGACAAAAUAAAUGUUAGAUCUAUAUAUUUAUAAAUGAUUUUUUAAAUUGGUUUGAUCAACAGUUAAUUAAUAUAAUUGCUAAGCAAUAUUUUAAACCAUAAUAUACUUUAAUUUCGAAACUUCUGAAUUUAUGCCGAAACUUAUUUCCUGCUAGCUUUUCCUGCGAAAGCUUGCAUACCAACGUCAAGAUGGCUGACGAAGCUCUCGCUCGAGCUGGUCUGCAUUUCGAUGAACUGAAUAAAAUCCGUGUAUUGGAACCCGAAGUCGCCCAGCAAACAAAAGAAUUGAAAGAAGAAUGUAAAGAAUUCGUAGAAAAGAUUGGAGACUUUCAAAAGAUUGUGGGUACUUUCAUUGAAAUGGUUGAUGUUGUUGCAAAAGAAGUUGAACAGGAAAAGAUGAAGGCUAUCGGCGCCCGUAACCUGCUCAAGUCCAUCGCCAAGCAGCGAGAGUCGCAGCAGCAGCAGCUCCACGCCCUCAUCACCGAGAAACGCAUGCAGAUGGAGAGACUGCGAAUCCAACAGGACGCCCUACUGAAGGAGGAAGCCAGUCAGAACGAGUUUAUUGAGCAGUUGAUAUUACAGAAAUGAUACGCUGUUGUUAUAUUUUACUGUGGGGAGGGGGGG